AAAAAUACCCCCAGAUAUUCUUUCCUUGUUGGCUUGUGCUUGGUAUAUGAACGCCGGAGAUAUAUAUUUAUUAAAACCCUUGGGGAUCGAGCGAUAAAAAAAGGCGAUUGAAAUCGAGAGAGUACGUCACAGAGAUCGGAUAUUAGACAAGGAAGAAGAAGAAGAGAGAAUGAGGAUUUCCGUUAAGACUUUGAAGGGCACUACCUUCGACCUCGAAGUGAAACCUGAAGACACCAUUGCUGAUGUCAAAAAGAGCAUAGAAACUACCCAAGGUGUGGAUGUUUAUCCUGCUGGACAACAGAUGCUUAUUUAUCAGGGGAAAGUCCUUAAAGAUAACACUACAAUUGAUGAAAAUAAGGUUGCCGAAAACAGUUUUGUUGUGAUCAUGUUAACGAAGAAUAAGAGCUCAGCUGGGGAGGGUUCAACUGCAUCGACUGCUUCUACAACUAAGGCACGUCAGACGAGCACCCCAGUGUCAACAGCACCUCAAGCUCCUGUACCAACCUUUGCACCGCCUGCCCCUGCCCCUGCCCCUGCCCCUGCCCCUGCCCCUGCCCCUGCCCCUGCCCCUGCCCCUGCCCCUGCCCCUGCCCCUGCCCCUGCCCCUGCCCCUGCCCCUGCCCCUGCCCCUGCCCCUGCCCCUGCCCCUGCCCCUGCUCCUGCCCCUUCCCCUGCUCCUGCUCUUGCUCCUGCUCCUGCUCCUGCUCCUGCUCCAGUUUUAUCUGCUAAUGCUGUGUCAGAGACCGAUGUUUAUGGUCAAGCAGCAUCAAAUUUGGUUGCGGGAAGUAACUUGGAGGGAGCUAUCCAACAAAUUCUUGAUAUAGGUGGAGGGACUUGGGAUAGAGAUACUGUAGUUCGUGCUCUUCGUGCUGCUUACAACAAUCCUGAGAGAGCUGUUGAAUACUUAUAUUCUGGUAUUCCUGAGCAAGCUGAAGUUCCACCUGUGACUCGUGUCCCUGUGAGUGGGCAACCUGCAAAUCCUCCAGCCCAACCGCAGCAGCCAGUGCAGCCUUCACCUGUUCCAUCUGCUGGACCCAAUGCUAAUCCUCUAGAUCUUUUUCCACAGGGCGUUCCCAACGUGGGAUCAGGCGCUGCUGGUGCUGGAACUCUUGAUUUUUUACGGAACAGUCAACAGUUCCAAGCAUUGAGAGCAAUGGUACAGGCUAACCCACAGAUACUGCAGCCCAUGCUUCAAGAGUUGGGGAAACAAAAUCCUCAUUUAGUGAGGCUUAUUCAAGAGCAUCAGGCUGACUUUCUUCGCCUUAUCAAUGAACCUGUUGAAGGUGGAGAAGGGAACAUCUUGGGGCAGCUGCAAGCAGCAAUGCCACAGACGGUAACAGUUACACCUGAGGAACGUGAAGCAAUAGAACGUCUUGAAGCGAUGGGGUUUGAUCGGGCACUUGUAUUAGAGGUGUUCUUUGCCUGCAACAAGAAUGAGGAGCUGGCUGCUAACUACCUUCUAGAUCACAUGCAUGAGUUUGAGGAUUGAUUUUAUUCGAAAUAAUCUGAACGCCAGGAAAAGGAAAAAUCUCUCUGCUCUCUCUGUCUCUCUCUCUCUCUCCUCUCGCUCCUACCUUUUACAUUCUCCUCAUCUUCAUUUUAUGAUUAAGUUUGGAGUCUGGAGUUUUAUAAUUGUGAAGUUCUUAGACAAGAAACAAGAUGUAACAUUCCUCCCUCCAGUUUCUCUCCCUUUUAGGAUCUUUAAAUACUUCACAUACAUGAUUGUCACGGUAAUUUGUUUUGGAUGUGUAUAACUUUGCUUGGACUGUUGAUAAAUUAAUCAAAUUCCCUGAGGUUUUACAGAA